AUGGCCACCAACUCUUUACAGUCCCUCCACCACCAUCAUUCCCUCCUCAAGCUCCUCCCCUCAGACACCGCCCCUCCCUCCUUCCUCUUCCUUAAGCCUACAACAUCCAUCUCCACCACCACCAACACUUCCCUCUCCCUCUCUAUUUCGUACUCAACACCCACCACUGCUCACGCCAUCUCCCCCACCACCUCCACUACUCCCUCGACUUCCAAAACCUCCUCCCUUGACCUCCUCCAGCAACACCUCUCCAACCAAAACUUCCGUGAAGCCGAUGAGGAAACCCGCAGGCUUCUCAUAGCUCUAGCUGGCGAAGCAGCUCAGAAGCGCGGCUAUGUCUUCUUCUCUGAGGUUCAGUUCAUAUCAGAACAAGACCUUAAAGCCAUUGAUGAACUGUGGAAAAAGCACAGCAACAACAAGUUUGGAUACAGUGUUCAAAAGAGAAUAUGGCAACAAAAGGCUAACAAAGACUUCUCUAAACUGUUCAUCAAACUUGGGUGGAUGAAGAAACUUGAUACCGAGGUUGAGCAAUACAACUAUAGGUCUUUUCCUGAUGAGUUCAUCUGGGAGCUUAGUGAUGAUACACCUGAAGGCCACUUGCCUUUGACAAAUGCACUUAGAGGGACGCAAUUGCUUACCAAAAUUCUUAACCAUCCUGCUUUUGAGGUAGAUGAAGAAGUGGAGGAAGACAAAAUUGAAGGUAAUGAAAAUGGUGGGCUAAAUGGAUUGGCGGAUAGCUCAAAGCCUCCAAUAAACAAGAGAGUACUCAGUUCAGAUUACAGCUUUUGA